ACGCGCUGAAGUGGAUGCGGUUUUUCAAGGAAAAUCCUGUUUUUAACCGCAUCCAUUAAACCCGGUGUUAAAAGCAAAAGCAAUACAAUACACGCGCUUUUUUGAAAACGUCGAGUAAACGGUCCAAAUUUAAACGAUCUCCAUUUUGGACCAGAUUUUCUUCCCGCGUCUUUAGACGAUGGCGUGAUUUACUCUUCACAUUUCCUACCUCUGGCGGUCGGGCUCCGUUACCAACCUUUCUAGCCGACUGUUUCCUCUAUGAUCGCCCACGGAUACAAGCGGGAGUCGGAGGGAUAAGCGGCCUUCCUUCCGUCCCUUCCUGCUUCCGGUUGAUGGGUUAUUUCCUUUAGUUCUGUAUGACAGCAGUGUCCAGUCUUGUUGUGUAUAGUUAAACUGGAGCUUCUUAACCUCUUGGAAUUUUCCCCAAUUAGGUGGCAGAAAAGAUGUUUAAUAAUAUUAAAUCCUGGGCUGAAUAUAUUGUGGAAUGGGCUGCAAAGGAUCCUUAUGGAUUUCUUACAACAGUGAUCCUAGCUCUAACACCUCUAUUCUUAGCAAGUGCGGUACUAUCAUGGAAACUGGCAAAAAUGAUUGAAGCCAGAGAGCGAGAGCAAAAAAAGAAACAGAAGCGCCAAGAAAAUAUUGCUAAAGCUAAACGAACAAAGAAGGACUAAGAUGCCAAUCCUACUGGACAGAACUUUUCUCAGCAAGGCACUGUUUUUACAUUUGUAUCUUUGUGUUGUAAUCUUUAACGGAGAUGGAUAAAAUUGACAAUUCCUGAAAUCGCUUGUUCUUUUUAAUUUGUGUUAGUCUGUGGUCAUUAAUUUUAAUAGCUUUUUAAGAAGCUUUGUCCUGGGACUUAUUUUCUAAUUUAGGGUAUAUUUGUAAGCUACAAUACAUGUCUAAAAUGUAUUUUUAAAAUUAUUAUUUCAUUGAUUGAAAACCUAACUACUUAUGAUUUUAUAGCAUGGAAAUGUACUGAUUAUUUUCUACACACUUUUCUACUAUAGACUUACAAGAUAGCUUCUUUCUACUACAACUUUCAUUAUAAAAGUCAGUAUUUUCACCUUGCAUUGAUCAACUGGUUUGUUGGAACUUGUACCACCUCCGCUAUGGAAUCUUAUGUGGUAGUUAAUAUUUGUUCAGAACAGGAUGCCUGACCUUUCCGCUGAGUGCAAGUGGCAGUAGCUUUUAUCUACAGGAUACCUUGGGGAAAAUGUGAAAUAUGACUGUCUGGUCUAUCUAGGACCAAUAAUUGGGAAUAAUGACUUUGACAAUGAAAGUACUAUUAUGCGAACAAAUGGGAUUAUUAGGUGCAGACUCAUUCUGUUUACACAAAGAAUUAUGUAUUAGGGAAAGUGGCAGAUGUAUACAGUGCUGCUGUUUAAGUAAACUUACAGCUGAGAACACUAGGUGUUCUAUUGAACUUUGAGGGUAGAAAGUGAAGGGAGUACCUCCUAACUGAAAUCGCUAGACUUGGAUCUUAUUUACAAGCAUCAGUCCUAUGGGCCAGCGAAGGUGGCCCACAGUAUGUUUCUCAUAGGCAAUGCAAUACUGCAGCUAUGUAAAAGCUGGCUUCUGCAAUAACUUAUACCCAGUCCUUCCUCAGGGCCACAACAGCUUUGUAUUGUAUCACACCUGUCCAAAGGAGAGAGUCAAGAGCAUGGACCUAAUGCUACUGCAUUGAGAUCCUGGAUUACCAUGGGUUAAUAGUAUCCUGCCACAAGUUGUGACGCUGCUUUGGUGAAAUAGCCAUUGUACCUUAUCUUGAGCAAUGGUUUCCUGGUGUACAUGGGAAGCUGCUUUAUACUGAGUCCAACCAGUUGCCCAUUUAUCUCAGUAUUGUGUCUAGGAUUUCAGAAAUGGAACAUUCCCAGUCCUACCUGUGACCUGCCUGCAAGGCAGAUGCUGCCUCUGCGAUACGGCCCUUCCUCAGUGUAAGGGCUGGUAAGAUUAGGAAGUCGAUAGCUUCAUCUAGUGAAAGUUGCUAUUAUCUCUAAAUGCAUUAGAAAAAUUGCCAAGUAUAAUUUGUGUAUUUUUUUAAUUGCUCAGGCCAUGCCCACUCUAUUGUGAAUAUUGCAUAUUGCUUGUGGCAUGGUUAAAUGACAGAACAGCAUUAAUCUUAUUUAAAUUUCUACUUUAAAUAAAUGAUACUUUAAAAUUG